GCAAGGCGUGUGCGGUUUUAGAGAAAAGAGCGAGGGAGAGAACCUUUUUCGCAGUGCAGGCAGCGGUAGAGGAAGGAUGGCGCGAGAGGGCCUGACUCCCACGCCGUCUGGAGACCUAGACGUCUUCGGCAAAGAGCUGCCGCUAACCACCGCAGAGAAGCAGAUUUUGACGGGAGAGAAGACGAUAUUUCUAAAGAAGUCUCUGUCCAUCGAGAUCGUGGUGAAGAAAGGAGAGACCACUGAGCCAAGGGUCUUGGUCAUAUCCAGUAGCAAGUGCUUUAUUCUCUCCCACAGACCAACUGCCAAGCUGGAAACAAGUUUCAACUUUCUGAAAAUCCAGAAAGUGGAGUGCACGACAAAGACGCUGACAUUCCACCUCAGUCGAGAGCCGCGGCCACUAAAGUUCCAUCUGGACAAGAAGGACUCUGUCGAAGUUCUUGGUCUGAUCACGGCACAGCUAAAGAACGUUUUCCCUGUCACUCCUCUCGAAAUGUUGAUGCAGACACUGUUCACUCCGGUGUCUCUGAGAGAGGACACGACAAGACUGCGAGACUCCCUCCUGAGUGCCAUGGAGCGCCUCGACCCCACCUCCCUCCACGGCUUCAUCACCUCCUACGGCUUCCUCUGCGACUUCUUCGGCGUCCCCGUCAACGAGGGGGUGACGUGGUAUCUGAGGAACGUGUACCUCACUCACGGGUUCCGGGACCUCAAAUUGCAUGAUUUCAACCAUUUGGCUCCCAAGGAAAUCCGACCGAUUGUGAGUGCUCUGAGGCACAGCGAAUUCUUCGAAGGAAUCAUCGAGAAGGACAACAGAACAGACGUGGAUCUACUGGAAGAGAUUGGUUACGUUCUGAAUGGCUCGAGAGCCCUCAGGACAAUGGUUCUCAGCAACUGCAGCCUCAAACCUGACAAUGUUGUGAGACUGUCGACAGCACUGAAAAACAACCCGAGGACAUCUCUCAUGCACCUUGACCUCUCACACAAUCCUCUCGACGACAAAGCGGUGGAGUCGUUGGGAGCUGCUCUGGAACUGCUGGCACACGGACUGCAGGAACUGCGACUGGCCAACUGCAAGAUUACUCCCAGAGCUGCUACCACACUAGCAAACUGCAUGCUCAACAACAAACUGAUGAAAAACUCGUUAGUGCACCUUGACCUCUCAUCGAAUCCCCUGGGGCCGGACCCCCAGGGGUCGCUGGGAUUUUUAAAGGAACCCCAGACCAUCGCCACACUCAACCUCUCUAACUGCGGGCUCAGCUUCGAAUUCGUGACCCCGGUACUGAUGAGGGGGUGCAACCAACACCUGCGUGUCUUGGAUCUCUCAAUUAAUUCUGGACGCUCCAAGAGGGGAGGUGUGCACGGACCAAAGACUGCCUCACAGCUGCAACAGUUCUUCAGCUCCGCCAUCUCCAUAGCAACCAUCAACUUCUCCGGCUGCAAGCUGACGGGAGCAAUGGCAGUAGGUUUGCUGGAGGGACUGUGUGUCAAUCCAAACGUCCAAAACAUUGUCCUCAAUCUCAGCGGAAACGACCUCGGUUCGGGUCGCGACCCCAGCGCCGUUGCCAAGGUGAUAUCGAAGGCAGGUUGCGUGGAGCGACUGGACGUGUCGGAGAGCGGAAUUGACAACUGUCUGGUGGCCUACGUUGCCGCGGUGAGGAUGAACAAGAGCAUCACCCACCUCUCCAUUGGCCGGAAUUUCAACGGGAAAGGAAACUCAAGAACAGCAGCUCUGAACGGGAUAUCGGAGUUCCUGACGUCAGACAACUGCCACCUCCGUUCCCUCUGUCUGGCCGACUCCCACCUCAGAGAUGGCUCUGCCGUCGUCCUGGAGGCUCUGGCCGAGAAUAGAUCCCUUCACUCACUCAACAUCAGCGGUAACGGGAUGGGAAACCACGGGGCACGGAGACUGGCCAAAGCUCUCCUCUCCAACUGCUGUCUUCGGGAAGUGAUCUGGGAUCACAACGACACCUCCCUCCAUGGCUUCAGGGAUGUGGCCUCCUCCAUGGAACAUAACUACACCCUGAGAGUGAUGCCCAUCCCUCUCUACGACAUUGGGAAGGCAGCUGCCAGGGAGCCCCGCGAACUGGAGACCGAAGUCCAGAGAAUCCAGGUCUACCUCUGUCGUAACCACUCCGACGAGAGACUCAAGAUCGAACUGGCCGCCCGACACAGACAGAGACUCCUCACCGCCACACAGCAGAGUGGAGUGGUGAGCAGGGAGCUGGUACAGCUGGAAGACCUUCUAAAGUGGAGUGAGCGUGGGCUCACCGGAACAGGGACGGAGGAGACCGAGGGGGAGGAGCUUGUUGCCGAGGCAACCCUCAUCCGUGAAGAAGCCAACAAAGUUGUUCAGUUGACAGAUGGAUUGUAUGCUCCUAAUGUGGAGCAGGAGCAACUGGAGAGUGUGAGGGCCCAGGUUGCAGAACUGGUUGGUGAGUUGAUGGGAGCUCUUCACCACGAGCACGUACAGGGUAAUUCGGAACGUAUGGUAUCGCAGAGUGUCAAGGCCUGCCCCAGCCUUCUCACCGACAAGGACCGUCAGCUUCUAAACACACUGAUAGUCUCUGAUAUGGGAAGUGAAUUUGACGUCGCUAAGAAGACAGUCGUUCACAAAGUCGUCUCGGAGAUUAUCAACCCAAUCAGCGCGUCGAACCUUGACCUCGCGGCCACGAUAUCUGAAUACCUGGUCGAUAAGACACUCGCCAAGCUGGAGAAAAUCAACAGUAAACUGAUAAAGCUGCAAAAGGCUCUGCAGAAGAAGACCAGUUCUGGAGCCACUCCUGACCAGAAGGUCUCGCGGGCCUUCACGUUCCGGGUGGAGGGGGAGGAGUCACAGCCAAAGGUCAAGAGAAGGAGACCGAUCUCUACUUUCUCUGACUCCAUUGAUCUGCCGUCAGGCCCGCUGGAGACUGAAGCCCCGCAGCUGCAGCACAUCGUGAAGUCACGCCCAAAGCCCGCCCGACUCCAGAAAGGGGGCGGGGCCAACAGACGACCUCACAAACCUGCUCAUCUCGCUCAGGCCAAGGACGAAGUCGAUGUUGGUGACUUUGUGAAGGCAGUGAAAGAUGCUGAACAGAACUCGCUCCGUGCGGCCAAGGAGGACGAGAAGAAGGGGACCAGAGGAACCGUCCCCAAGACCCCUCUCCCUCUCCCUGCCGAGACCAAGACCAAGGUCGCCGAGAGCAACGCGGAGACUGACGCAGCUGCUGGCAAAGAGCCCCCAUCCCUCUCAAUAUCCCCUCCUCCUCCUCCUGCCUCCUCUAGUGAGGAGAAGACCGAGGGAGAGAAAGAGGUGGAUGUGAACGAGGAGAAAGAGAAAGAAGAAGAAGAAGAGGAGGUUGUGGAGGAAACAGACGAGGAGGGGGCAAAGAAGGAAGACAACGUGGAGUCAGAGGAGAUGGAGUCAGAGGUCAAAGAGGAGCCAGUGGGAGAAGACGACGAUUCAGAGGAAAGAGAGGAGACGGAGGGAGAGGUGGUGGAGGAAGAGCCAUCUUCACCUGAAUCAGCCUCGGAGAAAGUCACCUUCAAGACCGCAGGACGGUCUCCGCCACUGACCCCUCCCCCCUCCCCACCCCACGACACACUCUCCCCACCUCUUGUGAGCACUCCAGGGAGAGCGAUCGACGAUUCAACGUCGACAAACGACACGGCUGCAGAUGAAAGUUCGUCAUCUCUUGAAAUACCGACUGCCCCUAACAAGGAACCUUCUCCCUCGCCGUCUGAGGAGGGCGUGGCCAAAGAUCGUAAGAAAUCCCGAAAAGAGACGAAGAAAGAGGAGAAGGAGAGGAAGGAGAGGGAGAGGGAAGAGAGGGAGAGGGAAAAGAAGGAGAGAGAGGAGAGGGAGAGGUUGAGGAAGGAGAAGGAGAAGGAGGAGAGGGAGAGGGAGAAGAGGGAGAGGGAGGAGAAGGAACGACAGAGGAAGGAGAGGGAGAGGGAGGAAAGGGAGAGGGAAAAGAGGGAGAAGGGAGGAGAGGGAGAAGCAGAAGAAGGCGGAUAAGAAGAAGAGUACUGAGGAUCUGCUGGGCGUCGACGGUGGGCGGAGCCCUCUGGAGGCCUCUCCCAGUAGGAGCAUCGACAAGAGGAAAUCAAAGACCGUCAGAGAAAACAGAAAAAAGAGUGGCUUGUCUAAACUGUUCAGUCGACCAAAGGCAAAGGAAGAAGGAGACGAAGAAGAUGGAGUGACCAGCGAUCCCGAGGCCACUCUCGAACCUCACAAAUCACCACGGAGACAAACGACAUCGCCAACGAAGGGGAGCGAGGAGGAACGAGAGGCAGAGGACCGAGUCAGCAUGACCCCUGAACUCCAGAAGAAGGCCCCGCCCCCUGUGCGGAAGAAGCCCGUGAAGAGCAAGUCGGUGGACUUUGGUAUGGAGAUGGGGAAGGAUGAGAACGGGGAGGAGGGGGAGAAGCGAUGGAGACCGGUGGGGGGCGUGGCUGCCAUGCCAUUCCCAGGCCUCGCCCCCUCACAGCUGACUGGUGUACUCAAAUCUCGUCCCUCGCCACAACAGAGGUCAAAGCCAUCGUCAGAGGAGAGCAGUCCAGCUCUGUCAGAGAAGAUAUCUUCAGACUCCACCCAUCACUCCUCCCCCUUAACGACCCACAAGACUCCCCCCAUUGCACCUCGACCACGCCCAAAACCAAAGCCACGCAAGUCUGGAGUCGAUGUAAAGGAGAAGGAAGAGACAAAGGAAGAGGAGGGAUCGUCACAGGCCACACCCACUGUGACCUCUGACCCUGCAGAGGGGAAGGGAGAGAAGUCGGAAGGAGGCGAAGUGAAGGAGGGAGGGGGAGAGGAAGGAGAGGGAGAGAAGAAAGCACCACUAGAAGAUGGGUUAGGGUCAGAAGAAGGCGUGGCAGAAUCAAAGUCGGAAACUCUUGUCUGAUAAUUAUAUAUAAUAUAUUUCGCUCAUUUUUAGCUUGUCUAUAAUUAAUAGUGAUUGCUGUGAACUAAUUAAUUAUUGAUCAACUAUACCAGCAUUGCAGAUUUAUUCUUAUUUUGUGGAGUUUCUAUAGGUAAACAUCUUAUCAUCAUACCGCAAUCGAAGCGCAAAAAAUACACGAGCGAGUCAAAAAUAAAAGGGGCGCGUACUAUUUUUUGCCCCUGCUCUCACAAACAAUUCGCUCAGAAGUGCAAGUGGCUGUUAUAUAGUUGUGAACGGCCGACAUUGGACAUCACUACACUACAGAGAGAUGGCAGCCAUUGCUGAGCGUGGUCCUGUUCAGGUGGAAGUCGCAGAAACAGCUGCGACCGGCGGAGAGUCCGAAGGGGAGACGGAGCAGACCUCUGCACGUUCAGUGGUUGCUCUCGUGACUGGAGCCACUGUAAAAGGCGGGAUCGGCUACGAGACAGCCAAGCAGCUGGCAAAAAAGCUAACUCGAGAAGGCGUCCACAUAGUCCUGGCUGGGAGCACGGAAUUGAGCGAACAGGACAUGGUAACCUUCAAGAACGAGGUGAUUAGCUUAAAAUCAGGACAGGGGGAGGGGUCUGGAGCUGAACUGACUGUGGAGAGUAUGAAACUGGAUCUGUCGUCGUUGGCGUCAGUAAAGGAGUUUGUCAAGGCCUUCAAGGAGAAGUUCACCCACCUCAACUACCUCGUGCACUGCGAUGGCGUCGUCUUUGUCAGAUUUGAGAAAACUGUUGAUGGCUUUGAAAGACAUUUCCAGGUGAACCACCUGGGGCCGUGUCUACUGACACUAGAACUCCACCCACUGCUGAAGAUGGGGCGGGAGGGAAAGGGCAGGGCUCGGGUGGUGCUGCUCACGUCCGCAGCCCAUUCCAGUGCGGAAUUCGACCCGAGUAACAUGAACGGAGAACAGUGCUACAGCAGAUUCAUGGCCUACUAUAACUCCAUGUUAUACAAUGUAAUGUUUGCCUACUGCCUCCAGAGACGAUUUGCUGAUGACAAAAUCUCAGUCCUCUGCGUUAACCCUGGCAAGAUCAAGUCGAAUUUUAUUAACGAUGCCUGCAGUAACAGACCAGUUCUGAAGGCGAUAUCAAAGAUCAUCCUCAAACUGUGUUACCAGGGGCUGGAUGAGGGAGCAGAGAGAAUAAUAAAAUGUAUUACAGCUGAACCCAGUCAGUGGCUGGACAUGCAGUACUUUCACCAGGAUAAAGGAGAUCAGCUCAUGAGAGUCUCAAAUACUGCCAGGGACGUGAGGUCCCAGAAGCUGUUGUGGGAGAGAAGUAUGGCAGCUGUGAGGGAACACAUGACAGAGGAGCUGGGCAACAAGUUUGGCAGCACGGAGGUCGAAGGGUCACUCCUGCGGGAGAUGGUUGACCUGAGAGACGAGGUGGAGAGAGAGAAGAUUGCGGCGGAGGGAGACGAGUUGCAGGAAAUGGCGGCCAUGAAACUGGCUCUGAGGAAGAAGAGGGAGGGGCGAGGAGAGAGGGGGGAGGAGGAGCCUGGAGCAAAGCUGCUUCAGAAGAUGGUGGGCAUUAAGAAGAGUGGACGUGAUGGUGGUGGAAAUCUGGAGGAAUUGCUGACAAGAGCGCGUCGGGAGCUGAGAGAGGGAGGGACAAAUGAAAGUGGAGGGGAGAAUGUACAGGCAGAGGGAGGAAGUGAGGAAGUGCAAGAGGAGGGAGGAGGUGAGGAGGGAGAGGAGGGAGAGGAGACGAGUAGCUCAAGACCUUUCGUAGGGAAAGUAACACCAGUUUGAACAAGUUCACAAAAAGUCGUUUUGUACUAGUUUUUUUACUUUUUAGCAAUUUUCAUAUCUGUUUUUAAAAACAUCAGUAACCCUGCGUGCACGCAUAAUCAGUAGCCUAUGCCAUUAUGCCAGGCUACUGAUUAUGCGUGCACUCUCAUAUGCAAUGUGUACUUGAUUAAAGUUU